AGCGCUUAAAGGUCUCCAAGGGCGGCUGCGGCGGCCCGAACAGGGGCGAAAUGGCCAGCAAGCAAGGAAACAAGCAACCACUAAGCGCACUCGAGAAGAAGAUGAUGGAAUGUUCGAACCUGUUUGAGCAAAGUCGGGGUUCGAGCUUUGCCAAGCCCCGACUCGGUGGUGCUUCUGGCACCACGAAGCACAGCUAUGCUCCCGGAUUCAACAUGCCACGGCCACCACAGCUUGGACUCGCUCCACAUGCCGCACCGACCACCCAUUUACCCGUCUGGUGCCAACGUGGUGAUGUGCCUGCUGUUUACCGAGACUUGGAACAGCAGCUGUCGGGUCCCAGUGGCAUCAACAGCACCCUGGUCUGCUCUCUGCUGCUGUCGUCGGGGCUGUCCCGAUCCACUCUGGGUCGCAUCUGGGACAUUUGUAGCCGAACCGUGCCCGGGUCGCUGACGCAGCCAGAGCUGUAUGCAACUCUCGCUAUGGUUGCACUUGUGCAGAAAGGCUAUCCACCCGAGCUGGAGCUGCUUUUCCGGUUGCCGCAGCCCCCCAUACCCAUGUUUGCCCACCCCGUGAACAAUUUCUGUGCUGCUCCAAGUGGACCGCUGCCGCCUCAGGCAUGGCCUAACCGGUCUUCGCCCUCGCCAUCUCCGCCAGUUCCUCAGCAAACCCCGGUGACUUGCUGCCCAACAUUCCAGGCCUCAGGUAGCUUCCUCCCGUUGUCUACUGCGAAUCCCUUACCACUGGCACCGGCGUCGUCUGCACCCGCUGCAACGUACAUUUCAUCCCCCGCCGCAAAGCCUCUGCCUGCGGUGUCGUCCAUUCCGGCUGCAGCAAUUGUGAGCUCCGCCCCUGCGAUGUUCGCACCGUCUUUACCUGCAACCUUCGUGUCGUCUGCGCCCACAACGUUCGCAUCGUCUGUUCCCGCAACAUUCGUUUCGUCUGUUCCUCCGGUGAUGACGCUGGCAUCUCAGCCUGUGGUGACUGUUGCGUCGUCAAAGUGUCAGUUACCAGUAGCGUCACCUUUGACAAGGCCAACGGUGGGUCUCCCCAUCUCUUCAGUGCCACCGAUCAUGUCGUCACACCUGUCUUCGACGUUAGCGUCUGUGACACCGGGUGCGCCCAAGGGGUCAUCUGCUCCGUGCAGUGUGGUCGGGGCGUCCGGUGAAUGUAGUGCUGCUAUAGGAAACGGUGGUGUGUUUGCUGGCUCCAUGCCGUCGCUGCUGAACCAUGGCUGCCCGCUGCCUACCGAACCAGUUUCCAAGCCAUCCACACAGCUCACCGGUUCAGGAGAUUUUGAUGAUGACUUUGACGACUUCAAAUCGGCACCAGAACGAAGUCAGUCACAGCACCCGCCGCCACUUGCGGACGGCAAGUCUAUAGAUCCAGUGGACAAGCCACCUCUUAUUCAUCCUGUCUUGCCCAACAAUACUGGAAGAGCGAAUUCGCUUCCGGACUCUCCACGGUUAGAACCUCCCAAGAUUACUACGGCGGUGAAUGCGCGUAAUCUGCAGCUGUCUCAACAACGAAACAACAUUUGUGAAAGCCCCAAGAUGCCAAAGACCUUCAACUUCGGCCUCAAAAUCAACUUGAACUCUCUCAUUUCUUCGAGUCCCCUGGAUUCCCAGCCCGUUCCGGCUUCGGUCGCUACGCCUUCGACUAACAGUAUGUCGGCACCGGAGCAAGUAUUGGAGACGGACGAUGAUUUUGCUGAUUUCCAGACAGCAUUUCCGGAAGUUUCUAAGCCAUCUGUGCCCUCUGAGGAUCGGUACAAUGUGUUCAAAGAACUCUGUAACGAUGGAAUAUCGUUGUGGAAUGUGCCGGCUGCUCCCGCAAGUAAUGCAAAGGACGUAAAUACAAGUACGGACGUCACAGACUCUGGUUUUCACACAACCGAGACGUGGCACAACCCGCUGCCAGACGAUGGCGAUAGGGCAGAUGAAGAAGACUUUGGAGACUUCUGCCAUGUCCAAGUGGUCCCCCCACCGGCACCACCCACUCCCGAAAAGCGCGCAAACAUGUUCGGUGAUCUCCUGUACAAUACCGGACUUUUUUCGUCACAAUCUCAUGACACCAACUCUCUAGGUGACGGCCUUUCUGUAAACAGCCUUGAAUUCGGUGCUCGUGAUAGUUCAUUGUCCAGCCGGCAUGGAUCAGUGCUCAGCCUGGACUUCCGGCUAGGGAACAGUGAUGACGAUGAAUCUGCUUCGGCUAGGACAGGGUGCUCGGAUGAAGCCCGUGCGGCCACCACGGCUGACAGCCAGGGAGAGGCAUCCCCCUCUGCUACUUCCUCUGACACCACAUCAGACACACAACCUGAAGGUGCAGUUUCUGUCACGGAGCAACCGGCGCUACUUUUGGACAAGUAUAGUGUGAUUCGGGGCAUGAAUCAGGAUAUUCCAGUUGGAGAGGCAGCCUGCAUCGACAGUUGGACACGCUGCGUGGAGAGUGUGUGCGAGCUCAUAACGGAAGCAGAGUCUGUCUUCAACCGGGAGGCCAGCAGCCAGGUGUGCAGGGAGGCACUGGACACUGCAGAAGGCGCCAGCUACAUACACAACUUGGCUGAGGUCUACAAGGUGUGUCAGCGCAUCUCUCUGUCAUCACGCCUGACGGGCCUGCAGUCUGAAAGCCUGGACAAGCUUUGCUGCGAGGUGCGGGAGACUUGGGACCGACUGGCCUCGUAUCUCGAGAACUCCUGCCUCUUUACUGUGAAGGUACCUCCCGCCGAAAACUCCAAGUGGCUGCCAAGCGACGACGAAUCGGCCAAGUCGUGUGGUGUGUGUCUUCUACACGUCGACAAUCCUGAUAUUGCAUCUUCCAAACUGUCGUACAGCGGCCGCGAGUACCAUUCCCCCUGUGCCAACCUGUGGGUUAACUGUGUCAACUCUCUGCUCCCCGCAGUGACUCCGGUACAACUGCUUUAACGAGAAAGGCAGGGCACGCUUUGCCAUGCAUACUUGCGUCAUCCCCUCUCUCGCUUCACCCCAACUUCUUCUUUUCCUAGACGCAAGAGUGAAGACUGUGUACAUGCAUGGUGCAUUGUCAAUCAGUGAGUCAUCUAACGACUGCAACGCAACCGAGAUUUCAAGGUGUCGCUUCUCUAAGAGGGAUGGAAGCUGGUUGAAUGUUGCCACGCUGUGACUGUCUGUUUUGAAAUACUGAGUAGCAUUGUUUUGAAGCUAUAGAUAAGAUAUGUGCUCUGGUGUUGUUGAGGCUGAUUGUGGUGGGCUGUUGUGAAAUGUUUCAAAGCCAUUCCAUGAAUGAAAGCAUUUCCUGCACAGCCCUGUUGCUGAUGCUGUAUAAUUUCUGUAACACAUAUGAUACACUGAAGUUCUGAAGAUCGAGCAGUACCCCUUUUUUUGUUUAUUUUGGAAACUAUUGAGCAAGAAAAGUUCCAAUUGCUGACACACUCUGGCGGUGUCAUCAUCGUUGUGAAAAGGCAGCGUAGCUUGACGGACAAUCUAGAACCCGGGGUGCUUGUGCUGUGGCUUUGAAACGUUUCACAAAGUCUGUAUGCAGUGUUAGAAAUUAAGUGCAGUAUUUACAAUGCAGACUAAUUGUUCUGAGAGUGUGCUCAUAAGCAUGACUGAAGCGUCGUGGACAUAGUAAGAAUGUGAGGUCACCGAGUGCUUACAUCGAAACGGUGUAGAUAACUUGCUAGCUUGCAUCGUCUGCAACUUGUGCAUGCUGUUGCGCAUUUAGGCAAGUGCAAAAAAAACAAAAGCAUCAGAAUACUAAAUGCAAAGGAAAUUCGUUAUCUUCGACGCAAUGGUAACAUUUCAGCUGAGCCAGGGCGAGAUGUACUAGUUUAUUUUGAGAACAUAUGAGUUCUGAGAGUGUCAGGGAACAAAUUUUAUUUUCAAUAUUACACCCUUGAUUUUUGCUUUUGCAUUUGGCUUGCAUUUGGCCUCCUGCAUUAGGGCAAUGUAAAGUUCUGGCCAGCUUGGCUCACCAUGCCAGAACGUUGUGAAAACCGGUGUUCGUGAAGGAUUGAGGCCUAUUGUUCUCUGACUGUGACUUAGCAUUAAAGAAGAUUGCAGCGUGUUGCCUUAGUGCAUUUAUUUUUACACUUAACACUUUUAGCAUAGCUUAUAUAAAACAGUUAAUAGCAUAUUUAUUUACCCCCUUUGCUAACCUUGCCCAUUUUGGAGGAAGCAUUUGAAACUGUUGUUUUAUAUUAUAUAUUUUGUUCUCUGUGUAAUAUGUUGACUACGUUGAUAUGACCGUUUAUGUGCCUCAUAUGAGAUGUUCAAGUCGUGUAAAACGACUGUACCUUUUGGUUCACGUGCACAAAACAUUUAAGGGUGGAUCCUUAGUAGGUGUUUAUCAAUUCUAGCAAUGUGUGCAUUACCGCUUUUAAUUGUGCACUGUAUAGACAGUUGUGUAGAGUCACGUGGCUGUGAGAUGUGAUCUGUUAAUACUGUGUACAUAAAUAAACCUUUUUGAAGAGCA